GAGGGCGAGCGUGGUCCGAAAAGGUACCCAAACGGUACCUAAACGAGCCUCCGUAGCCAUUUUGGCUCAAGCAAUUUUGGACACGGCCAGUUUCGCGUUUGCUUCAAACCGUCGUGUCAACGGCCCGCCAACGAGAGGUAUUGCGGACGAGGGCGCGCGCGAAGGCAACAUGCACGCGCCCUCAGAUGCUGGCGGGGGUUGGGGUUGGAGAUUGAGGUACGUGCGUGUUGCUACUGGAGCGUUUGCAUUCGUGACAUAUGUAAUGUCGCGUGUCGCCCGUGGCGCACGUACAACCCUCAUCAGGUUGGGCCCAUCGAAGGGCGGCCAGCUCGGCGAGAGCGGCGGCGGCGGCGCGGGCCAACAGAUCGGCAGCGGGGGGGGCAGGUCCGCUUGCCCCUCCGUUGUCGAUCGAGGAUGCCGCCAGGGCGUUCUUGCAGGCGCCACUGCCCCCGAGGGUCGAUCACGUUUCCGUGGAGCGCCCGCUGGUGUUCAUCCACCAGAGGAAAGCUGGCGGCACCUCUCUGAGAGGCAUCAUGGCAGGCGCCGCGAAGACUUUGAGUUUGCCGUACCACAUCAAAUGCCAAACCGCAGCCUGUGAUUCUUAUAACUACGGAUCUAGCAGGGUAGCCAUGUAUGGCGGGCACGUGGCCUGGUUGGAGGCGUCUCGCCAUUUCGCGCUGAGUGGCAAAUAUGAUGCAAACGGAAUGUGGACGGAGGGCGUUGAGCAGUUUUCCUGUAUUACGAAUUUUCGGGAACCCGUGUCGCGCAUUCAGUCAUGUUAUUAUUACCGAUUCUUGAAAUUGGGUGCCCCUCACUGCCUUGGCGAUAUGGGCGCCGAUGAGAUGAGACAAUUCUUUCUUGCGGGUCGUUCCCAGUUUGGGUACAGCUGCAUGAAUGAGCCGUUUCGCAUGCUGAGUGGUCUGGUCGAUGAGUCACUAUUCACGUCUGACACGGAAAGCCAUGAGUGGGAUUUCGCCUUCAAUUCCACAUUGAUGAACCUUGCCCACUGCGUCCCAAUUAUAAUCAGUAACAUUUUUACGCUCGACGUUGUUGCUUCAUGGUUCCCGGACUUGAUUAAUAUCACCCGUUUCAGCAAAGUUCAUGCCAAUAAGGGCCACAAGCCGUGCAAGAUUUCUGAGCGGCAUCUGGAGGUGUUGGCAGAUUUGACGAGGCAUGAACGCAGACUCUACGACCUCGCCGUGCAGAGGGCCAACCAGUUCCUGUCGAGCAUGCCCCACCGCGGCUGAGGCUGUGGCUCUCUGCUCCUCUUAUGUUUUUCAUUUCUUCCUCUUCCCUCUACGCCUCCUGACCCCAUCCCCUGGUUUCCAUGCUGGGUUCCACGGAUGUUGACAAAUCACCGAAUAAGCAAAUUCAUUAGCCUGGCGAAAAAGAA